AUGUCUGAUAUAGCCACAGACCCCAUCUUGAUCUCUUAUCAAGUCAGCAAAUGUUUGGUGGAUUUCCGCAAUGUACACGGGAGUUUAGCAUCAGCUGAACCCACAGUCCGCGUCAAAUUGCCCGCAAGUGUGGCAAACGACUUACUUGGUCGCUUCCGACUAUGGGUCGGCAACAUCGGAGCCCAUCACAAGGGAAGGGCUUCACUCGAUUAUAAGCUGCGGGAAGCGUCUCACAUACGAACCAGAGUUAUAGAGCUUCUACAGCACCUCGAGCACGACCUACAAGACAUGCUCCAGAUCAUCACUGGGCAGCAGAUGUCUUGGGAAGAUAUGACCGAUUCCGAUUCAGACUCAGAUACCUCCAACAUUGGAUCACAAUUCUCGGAAGAACACCCACCAACGGAACUUGCGCAACUCAUCUCCAACAUGAGUGAAGUGAUCGUUUGCCUCAUGCGCCUCUCGAUCGCUAUCCGAAACCCAGCACCCCACGAUCGAUUUAGACACUCGAGGCAAAUGAACGAUCCACCUCAAGAGCCGUGGGAUAUUGCGCAUGUACGGGAGAAGUUUCCAGAUGCUCCAGAAUACCUCGUACUCCGACUUGGCAGAGCAAUAUCGCGUAGAAGGCAAUAUCUGGUUUAUCGAGAAGAGCAUAGAAUGAAGCUGGGGGAAGACUUGGAUCUGGAACCGAAACCACAAGGUUCCAAAGCUCCACAAAACGCUGGAAACCUUGAUACAACAACUUCGGAGUGGGCCAAUAGCACCGUGGCGUCUUCGCUUGCGCCAGCGGUCAAGGAAAGCAUCAUAGUACCUGAUUUUGGGAUUACUCCUCCCGAUGAAGAUGCAGCUUCCCAAACUUCAUAUGCAUCCUCAAACAGCGACCCCUCCAAAAUACGGCCUCCAAAGUUACCAGAGCACGGCUUGAACGGCGAGCCCUUUGAGUGCCCUCUGUGCUUUCGGUUUACGUCUGUUAAGCAUUUACAUGCCUGGCACAAGCAUGUUUACACUGAUCUACAGCCAUAUUAUUCGAUGGAUCAAGAAGCAUGCUGUCCACUUUGUACGGAGAAACAGCGUUCCCUUACUCAGCUCCGUCGUCAUCUAGGCAAACAUCACGAACAGCUCUCGCUUUUUGCUAUUCCUCCGCAUAUGAAUGAUAACGAAGAAGGUGACGAAAGCGAUGAAGCAGAUGUUUCAUCAAUAUCGGGUGGUGCUGCGAGCAAUCUGGGGUCAUCCAAUGAUGAAAUCAUCGGUUCUGAAGAUCCUUUCAACGCUGCAAACAAUCCGGAUAUAUCUGACGAUGAGUAUAUGAAUUUUGAAGCUGUGGUCAAGGAGAAGAACGAAAACAACGGAUUAGUGGGAGUAGAUGGGGUUGACCAGCUGCCGGCAUCAACGCUCACUGACGUGCGGACGUCGAGACCGACCGCACAGCCAUUACAAUCACAGUCGAACACAGAGGGCUACGCAAAGCCCGCCAUUCCAGCAGGAGUACCCGAGAGCUACAUGCUAUCUAUGCUCGCUUCGCGUUAUGUACGCAAAGAGAAGCUAGUGGCAUUGCUCGAAAAAUUGUUCGGUGGGGAUGCAGUUGUACAGUACAAUGUUCGCAUGCUCACCAUCAAAGCCAAGAUUUGUGCUGAAUCGCUACAGGUCGAACAUCACGCCUGGCAAUAUUGGUCUCCAAGGUUAUUAGACGAGUGACACGACAUAGGAGCAUAGCCUAUCCAGGAUAGAGUCCAUCGAAAGAGGUUGCAUAAUAAGAAUGUGAUUCGGCGAUCUGGUGAGAAAUGAUAGAACGGGAAUGCUUCUACGUAUUC